GCAGGUGCAGCAGUGAUUUUUCAAUAAUGUGCAGUGCAGUCGCGUUCACAGGAGCGCGAGGGCAGCUGUUACAGCGUCCCUCUCGCGCAGCUGCUCCACAAUCUUCAAAACACUGAACGCAAAUACAUAUCCAGAGACAUUGUCUGGGAUCAUCGUUCCUGGCUUCUCCGCGACCCAGCGCAACAUCGCUCCUCAUCGCCGGCGCAUCCAGCCGACAUGGCCUCAUCCGUGAGCGGAGCGGAGGAAGUGCGCGUGUCGGCGUUGACGCCCCUGAAGUUGGUGGGUCUGGUGUGUAUUUUCCUCGCGCUGUGCCUGGAUGUCGGGGCCGUGCUGAGUCCGGCGUGGGUCACCGCGGAUGACCGGUACCACCUGUCCCUGUGGGAGUCUUGCUGGAAGCCUGCAGCCUCCGCGACCUGGCAGUGCAGCAGCACGCUGGGGACCGAUUGGCAGAUCGCCACAUUGGCUUUGUUGUUGGGUGGAGCAUUCCUUAUCCUCCUUUCCUUCCUGGUGGCCCUGGUAUCUGUCUGCAUUCGCUCCAGGAGACGCUUCUACCGACCGGUCGCAGUUAUGCUCUUUGCCGCAGUGGUCCUACAGGCUUGCUGUCUGGUGCUGUAUCCCAUCAAGUUCAUCGAGACCAUCAGUUUGAGAAUAUACCACGAGUUUAACUGGGGCUACGGUCUGGCCUGGGGAGCCACCAUCUUCUCCUUUGGAGGAGCCAUUCUCUACUGCCUGAACCCUAAGAACUAUGAAGAUUACUACUAAACAUGCAACAACACCCACAAUGCACUUCAAUGUCCUCUUCACUGUUGUGAUAGCAGCUCAUGCACUGAACGUUCGUUUGGAACUGGCCCUUGACUUCGCAAACACACAGACCCUCAAAAUGCAGGGCAAUGCUGAGCUGUUAGAUACACAAAUGUGUUCUUUUUUUCCUCAGAUUAUUCUAUCAUUAAAUUAAACCUCUUCAUUCAUCAAACUCUCAUUCUUUUUCCAUCUGUCUUCUCUCUCUCUCUCCUCAUGCUAUUCUAACACUUCUGAUCGUCACAUGAGCAUCCGACUCCAGAUGUCAACCUAUGUUCACAGGAAUACUGCCAGAAACCUCCUUCUGUGGUGGGAUCUAUAACAAGGCAGACAGAAGUCUACAAAUCUGACAGAAUUAAACUGUGCCAUGAUAAACUUUGUUUGAGACUUGAAAGAGAGAUGAUAGACAGCAAUUUGGAAAAAAGAAGGAUUAGUUAUUAGUACAGUAAAGUAGUAAUCAGCCAAAGUGAAGUUACCAGUAUAAUGACAAACUGGUCAAAAAGACUUUACACUUAAGGUGCAGUCACAUUAAUGAAAUCAUGUUCAAAAUAAGUAACUUUCUGUUGCUCAACACAGCAAAUUUACAUGACCAAUUUGAACCCGUGGGGAAAUCUUUUGCCUCAAGUAAAAUCCCCAAUCACAUGGAUUCCUAAAUGACUAUUUCGAACAUGAAAAUGACUUUCAAAUGUGAAAAUUUGCCUAACAAUUCUAAACAUGACUGCACCUUUAUCCAUAGAUGUGCAUCAAAGCAUAAUUUCUGAUGAAAUGCUAAGAAACCAAGACUGAUGUUAUUUUAAGCACAGAUCAUGUACAUAGCACAUGAAUUGUCACCAUGUGGUUACUUUGUGCACAUCUUUCCUCAUAUCUCAUCUUCAGUUUAUAAGGGAUUUGGUAGAAGAUACUUUGCAUUGUAGAAAACCUAGGUCUUGUGGUGUAACCAAGCCUUGCAUAUAGACUAGUUUUUGACCGGUAUCUGAAGAGUGAUUAGUCAUCUUUUGCAUACAUAUCCAUACAGGUAGUUAAAGGCAGACUGUAGGCUUGUUUCUUAGCACUGUCAGUCUGUUGUGCGCAUGUUGGUGUGUUUGAAUGAGGGCGCAUGUAUUAUUUGAGUGCGUGUUUGAGUGAUUUUUCAGUCCAGAAUGCAGUUGUGACAUACUGUACUAAUUUAUAUACUAACCGAAUAAACAGAUAAAUAGAAAAA